GGAGGAGGAGCCCCCGCACGAUCUCAGUCUUCGCGUCGCUGCCCUCCAGCAUUCACGCCUCCCGCGUCCGUUCCGCGGCGCAGGCACAACGCGGGUCCGUAAUACACGCGCGUAACGCACGCACACGGACCACCCGUAUACACGCGCGGCCGCGCCGCGCCGCGUACACCACCGCCCUGAAUCCGGACGGGGACUUUAGCACACCAACACCUCUGCGGGAGGUGUGGGGGUGAGCCCCCGGAGUAGGUGUCAAUCCUAGCGCUGCUCAGUGACCAUCGCGGCGCCACCCAAGUAACACCUUUCGUCCGGCUCUUCGACCUCGACCGAUCCUCGCCGUUCGCGAGAGACGAGAUAGGCCCGACGUCGCGUGCGUGCGUGCGUCUCGACCGGCGUGCGACACACCUUGGAACUGUCUCCCGUCGACUCCGGGUCGCGAACACCCGUCGGACGGUCGAACCGGGUGCCCGAAACUUGUUCAAGAAGGGUGUCCGAAAGAAGCGAGGAGAAACUUGUCAGUGAUCAGUGAACAUCGGAUUUGCGCUUGCAGUGACGCGCGGCUAGUGUCUCGACAUGGGAGUAACUCUUAUACUGAAAAUCUACCACGCGGCGUCCCCGUAGACGUCCGCCCGAGCCCGCGAGUGACAGUGCACCGUCUCUCUUGUCCCGCUUCAGACAACUCGUUCGUUCGACGACUCCUCGAGAGCGACGAAUACUUUGCCCACGCUGAAGCUUCGUCGAAGCGUGGCAGGAUCGAGUCGUAAGAUGUCGACUAGACGGUCCUCGGCGACGGUCGGCAGCGACUUUCCGCGGCUGGAAAUUCGCGCGGAAGAGGAACGCGGGCGUUCCGAUCGCGAUUCGCGAUUUUGAGUUUGCCAAGUGCCAAUUUCCAACGCGCGUGUGUGUGUGUAUGUGCGCUCGCGCGCGAACAUGAGGAGGCGCGAUCGUUGAACGCAUCGGACAGACACUCGGCUCUCGGCAGAGCGGUCUCCAUCCGUCGGAUCCGUGAGCGGCUCGCGCGAGAGCGGACGACAAGAGACGCAUUCGAAGCGGAAACAGAGAGAGAGAGAGAGAAUUCUCUCGAUUAUUGAAUCGCGCGAGCAGCAUUCGGAGCAGGCUUGAGUCACUCGAAGAGGAAUCUCGCGCGACUCGGCACAUCCGCCCGUCUCGAUGAGAUUCGAACAAGACACGGCGUGCAGGGGUACCCACUGCGCCAGCACUCCGCAACCCUCCGCGCUGCAGCAGCGAUCACGGCCCGAGGAGGAGGUGGUGGUGGAGGAGGAGGAGGAGGAGGACGACGACGACGAUUCCUCCAAGAAGGACGUCGACGGCCAACGACGUAGACUCGGUGGCAUAGAAUUGGAGGCUAACGUGGUCGAGGGUGCGAACACGGGGCCGCGGGCCGAAGGACUGGCGGGGGGGCCUGGGAUGGCGUAUCCCGCGUCAGCGACGGCUCUGAAUCAGCACUCGCCCUUCGCAAGCGCGAUCGCCGGCGGGACGCCGCCCGCGAGCAACCCGAACGGCCACAUCGGUGCCGGCACCGGACACCUGCCGGCACCGGCGGCACCGCGGCCGACGGACUUCAGCGUCUCCUCGUUACUGACCGCGGCGAGCACCCAUCCGCCCGGCAUCUUGGGCGGCUCGUCCUCGCAAAGCAGCGCGUCCCCGCCACCCGGCGGACCCGGCAGUCCGGCCGCCGCUCCGGAAACGCCGCCGCCCUUGCCGGUGAGCAGCCAGCGCGACUUGUCGCACCCGUCCUCGGCGGUGGCGGCCGCCAGCUACUUCAGCGCUGCCGCCCUGGCGGCGGCGGGAUUCUACAAUCCGGCGGCGCAUCUACCGCCCACCAGCUCUCCGGGGCCAACGGCGGCCGCGGCCGCCGCGGCUGCGGCGCAUCAUCUUCAGGGCAAGGGGAUACUCACCGGCGCGCAUCAUCAUCCGCAUCUCAAUCCGCACGCUAUCACGCCGCCAGGUCUAGGCCUGGGCCCGCACACGCCGGAAGAGGCUGCUGUCCUGGCGGCAGCCGCGGCGGCGUUACAUCAUCAUCACCAAGGUCCCGGUGGUCCGGCGAUGAGGCCCCUGAGGCCGCCGCUACCACCGGGGAUGCUCCAUACGUCGCCGCAUCCCCUGGCCACGCAUCACCCCCUCACGGCGCCGCAUCAUCCCCUCGUACCACCCCAUCAUCCGGAGGAGGACGGCGUCGUUGACGAUCCCAAAGUCACGCUGGAGGGCAAGGAGCUCUGGGAGAAAUUCCACAAGCUCGGAACGGAAAUGGUCAUUACGAAGAGCGGCCGACGCAUGUUUCCCGCGUAUAAAGUGAGGGUGUUCGGGUUAGACAAGCAGGCUAGCUACAUACUUCUAAUGGACAUCGUGGCAUCGGACGAAUGCCGUUAUAAAUUUCAUAACAGUAGGUGGAUGGUAGCGGGUAAGGCGGAUCCGGAAAUGCCGAAGAGGAUGUACAUACAUCCGGACUCGCCCAGCAGCGGCGAGCAGUGGAUGCAAAAGGUCGUGAGCUUCCACAAACUCAAGCUCACCAACAACAUCAGCGACAAGCACGGCUUUGUAAGUACUACGAUACUGAACUCGAUGCACAAGUAUCAGCCGAGGUUUCACCUCGUGCGAGCCAACGAUAUUCUGAAACUUCCGUAUUCGACGUUUAGGAGUUACGUUUUCAAGGAGACGGAAUUCAUCGCUGUAACGGCCUAUCAAAAUGAAAAAAUCACUCAGCUGAAGAUCGAUAAUAACCCUUUCGCGAAAGGAUUUCGGGAUACUGGCGCGGGGAAGCGCGAGAAAAAAAGGCAGGCGCUACUGACAGUAUCGGGCGGCGGUUCCCGUUUGACAGCUGGCGGACCAGCGUCGCCGGACAAGAGACGUUCGUCCAAUUCCGCCACCGAUCUCAUGGAUGACGAGGACAAGCUGCUGGAUGUGGUCGGCCCCGAUACGCCACAUCCGGCGCACCAUCAUCGGGAACGGGAGCACUCCCGCGAAAGGGACGAUCGGACGAGCGAGCGAGGCGAAGGCAGCGAGUCGUCCGGGUCCGAGAGCGGCGGCGGGCCAGGCCCGACCGGGUCCGAGGGCCCACGGCCGGAUGUUUCCGUCGGACCUCCGCUUCAUCCACCGCUGCUGCCGUAUCUGUAUCCGCCGGUUCCAGGACUCUAUCCCGGUCCCGGUCAUCUGAUACCACCUACACCUUUGGGUCUCCACGGCGGUGUCACACCCGGCAUGCUGUUUAAUGCCCAACUGGCCUUGGCGGCCUCUCAACAUCCAGCGCUCUUCGCGCACUAUCCGCAUCCCCUGGCGAGUCCCUUGCACCAGCUGAAAGGUCACAGAUUCGCGCCCUACACUCUGCCAGCUCCUUCGCACGGCUCCGCUUUUGAGACCGUGACACCCGGCAGCAGGACCUUGAGCCCGAGAUCGCCGCCGCCGAGGCCACCGACCGACUCACCGACGCCUACCGGUGGUGCUCUGACUUCGACAACGCCCAGUUCCGCCGGCGAGCUCAAGUCCAUCGAGAACAUGGUGAACGGGCUGCAGGAAAAGAGACGGAGAAGUCCGAGUUUGACGCCCGGACAUCGGGGCGACGACGCCGGUGGAGGGAGUCCGUGACAGGAGAACGAACCUGUGAGCAGUACGAAGGACGACGAUCCCGACGAGGAUUGCGCCGAUGAGUCCGGCGGCGACCCGGAAGACCUCUCCGCCGACGAGAGGGAACCGGACUCCACGUCGGAGCCGUCGUAGCGGAACGUCGGCUGGUCCGCACUCGGUUCUCACUGCCUCUUCCUUCUUGUUCUAUUCGGGAAUCUUUGUCGCGCUCGAUCGUCUGCCAGGAUUCUCGCUGGACGCGCCGGAGGAGAGCGAGGAUGGCCGGACUCUCAUACUAUAAAGUGCAAUUUUAUUUCCGGAGUAGCGCCGCGCUCGAGAAGUCGUGCUCGCGAGCGAAAAUGGCGUUCUUCGUGCUUUCGGGACAGGACAAGGAGUCCUUCGCGUGUUUCCUGCAUCUGUAAAUAGACCUGUGUGCGCGAUGCGCGCGCGUUAGGAUUAUAUCUCUGUUGAAAGACCGCGUGGCGGGAUACGGUAGACUCUCGACCGACGUUGCGCCUAUCACGCGUUAAUGUAAAUUUAAACGAGACGCAAGGGUGAAUGAGAUGGAAGGAAAAUGAAUGCGAGAGAGGAAGAGAGAGUCUACGAGCGCGUACCUGUAUCUCGUGUGAGUCUACGUUCUACCUGUGUACGUUAGGUCUUAAGGGAAAAGAACAGAGAACGAUAUUGCAAUAUAAGAGCACCUCCUACUAUUUGCAGUCCUUGUACAUAUGUACCCUAGUGAUAUAUUAUAUAUUAUAUAUUAUAUUAUACAUAUAAAUAUUAUAUAUAAAUAUAAAUAACACAUCUACACUCUCUCUGUACUAAUUAUUAUAUAAAUAUAUUAUAUUAUAACGAUAUUAGGAGACGCGUAAAUGCAUAAACGCAUGCUGCCCGAUUUACGCCUCGAAAAUACAAAAAAAAAGAAACGCAAAGAAUCCCAAAUUCGAAGAAUCUCGGGGCCAAGUCUGCGAAAAGAGAAGCGCGUAAAAACUGCGAAUUGGUUCAGCGCGACUUCCGAAUCCUCUCGAUUUUUCGAAAUUUCACGUCAUCAUCACGCGAAAAUUCGCGUCCGUUAAAAGUAAGAGAUCGAUCGAGACGACACGAUGGCGAGCGGCUCUCUCGUUGGUUUACUCGAAUGAUAAUUAUUUGUAAUUAAUCGUGCUUUUUUUGACAACUUACAAGGAGAAAGCUUCUCGUCAUCUUGCGCGCUUUCGAUGAUCUUCCUCGGGAUUUUACGGAUAACCUCGAUCUUUCGAUCUUUUACCGGUAGAUUGGAGUAGGUCGGGCUUGUGAUCGUCGCCUAUAAAAAAUGUCUUUCUCUCUAUUCCAAUUAUAAAAAUUAUUUGUCAAAAUUGAUAUUUCUUUCAUAUUGUCGUCAAAAAUAUGACGACGCUGUGGGGCUAUUUUUUUAUUUUAAAGUUUUCUUCAUAAGGAAAAAUGAGGUUUUACAGUAGCUGCUCACUUACUCGGUCGUGGAUUUAACAAAGGGCCGGAAUUAAUCCGCGCCGACCAAAAGUCCGAUCCGGUCUGCGAUUUGUAUAAAUAGUAGCGAUCGGUGUAGAUACAUAUUAAAUAUUUAAUAGAACAUCGAGUAACUUUCAAUCAAUUCGCGCAGUUUUAGCAGAGAGAACAUUAUUCGCGAAUGCUACACGUAACACUAUAGAAAUGGUCUAAUGAGAAAAAACGUGACAUCCGGGAUGGGAGAUAACGGUGAUUUAAAGCGAAAUCGCGCGAUGUCUGCGGGAGCGCGGUGAUUUUUUUUUUUUGAAGAAAACGUUCGCGAGUCUGGGAUUCUCGAUGUGAUCCGAGAAUGAGGAGACCGUUAUCGUUUGCCGCAACGUGAAUUCAGCGCACGUCCAAAACGGCUGCAACGACAAUUGAAAGAUUGACUCGAUGCUACUCGUUAUGCAUCCUCGCGUUAACGUCGAUCAUCCCGUUGUGCAAUCGAUGAUUGGCUUCCUCAUUCGUAUUCUAAAAUCACUCUGUUGUAAUUCAACUAAUCGCUAUCACGUCGUGUUUCCAAUCCUGCAAUAGUGUCGAGUAUCGUAAAAUGGGAAAGACGAGUGGAUCUUCUAAGUCGAGUUCUCGUUUCAGCAUAAUUUAUUGCCAUUAUGCAGUAACAGCGAAAGGUAAGUCAACAACGAUUGGAUCAAGUAAAUCAGUCGCUCGAUAUUUUCAAUGUAACGCUUAAGUUGAAUGAGAGAAAUAUAUUGAUAUAUAAAGAAAUAUAAAAAUAAUUACAAUUUUUUAACGAUCGAUAUUUAUCGAACUGUAAUUUUCAAAUUCUUAUAUCUAGAGUAUGCAUUAACUUUAAAUGACAAUUAAUAUGCUUGCACAAAUACAAUAAUGUAUUGAUUAGACACUUUUGACAUCUGAGUACGUUAAUUAAAAGGAGAAAUGUACUUCAUAACUAUCAUAUAUCGACUUUUGGAAGUUCUGAUCAGCUUUGUUUCAUUUUACGAUACCCGUAAACAAGCAUCAUCGCUAUAACACAUGCCUGUAAAUCCAAAUCUAUUACGGGGAAGCGAAAUGUUCUGAAAGCAAUAAUCGAACAGAGCCGUGAAUGCAACUAUCAUAGACGAAAUUAAUAUUCGGUUCGGUUGUUUUAAUGGAAUACCGCGAUCGUUAAAACUUUCAUGAGCAAAAAUCGGUAAGCACUUUGACCCAGAGGAAAUCCGAAAGAAGAUUUUCGAAUGAUUUGAAAUGAAUGGAAAUUGGAAUUCGAAGGAUCGAAUCGAUAGAGCCUGCGAUUGAUUCGGAUGAUAAAAAAUGACGAAGCAAAUAUUCUUCAUAAAUCUUUAUAACUUUCGCCAUCAUUUAUUACUAGUUUACGCACAGAAUCCUCUCUCUUGAUUUUGUUCUUUUAGUUCGCGUAUACUGAUUUUUAAUGAACUUUGUUCAGGUAUGUCUGGCGACGUUGUACAUACUUAUACUAUUUCAACUUGCUUAUAUUCAGCGCUAAAUAUGAUUUCUUCGGAUUUUUAAAUACAAAAAUUUUACUUGUAGAAAAUGAAAAACACAGUUAAUGAAAUAUAAAUUGAGCGAGAUGAGAAUUGCCACAUUUAGCGCUAAAUAUACAGCGCGAUAGCGAGUUCCGAUGUUCCGGUGCAGAAACAAAAAAGUGAUCGAUAUGUACAGAUACGCAAUUGAACAGGCGAGUGGAUGAAGAAGGCUUGUCACAUUCUUACGCAUGCUAAGUUAUUUGUAUGGAUGAAUGUUACUCCCUAUUGUAUCAUACGUAAUCAAUACGUAAAGUGUAUUAUCAAUUUAGUGCUGUGAUGGUUCUUAGUGAAGAUAGCCUGUGGAUGAAGAAUCCAUUGUACAAUAUUAAGUCACACAUUAACGCGAUCAUAAUUGAUUUAACGCUAAAGCCUAUAAUCUCGAAGCAUUAUUAUUAUAUCGAAACAUUUUCUUCGUCCAUCUGCUCCUUCAAUUAACAAUUCGAUUAUGUAUUCGACAAAAAGUUUGUUGUCCAUUGGAAUUUUAAAUUGUCUGCUACGAUCAAAGACUCUCGCCCAAAUAAAAAUCACGUCUCAGUUCUCUCGAAACUUCGGGAAUUUGCUCAACCCUCGCAUAUAUUUUUCGUGGCUUUCUUCGGGUCGUGCGAUGCGAGCCUCAUUGUCGACAAAAAAAAACAGGAAAAGCAAUAAAAAAAUGGAAAAAAGAAAUAAGAAGAAGGGACUUAAACAUGGUCGCGCACGUUAAAAAUGGAUCCAACUUCCUAACAUGAGAAUCGUGAUAUUCCAUA